UGAACAUGAAUCUCUGAAUCAUGGCGAAAACUAUUUCCCUAUCUGUCUUUAUUUCUCUGUCCCCCAAAUUUCCCUUCCCAUAAUUAUGGCUGAUCUCCAUCAGUCCGAGAUUCAAAUCUCCAACCUCCCCACCAAAUCAGUCACUCUCACUCCCCAAAGAGCAACAAUCGUCCGUGAGAUCCACACCGCCAUUCAACCUGGUCAAAAUGAAAUCACUAUCCUAGGCCUAGACCCGGACGUUGACCUGGAUUCUGUCCAGAUCGACGGCUCCGGUCUAGCGACAAUCACAGACAUGCAGGCGGAAGUCGUACCCCGACGGGAGAAGUUCGACGAUGUCUAUCCAAACCUGGCUGUUGAAGAAGAAAGUGAUAACGACGGGAAUAUGUCGACAGACGAGGAAGGCAUUGACAUCGAUGACUCUGAGCUUCAGGCUAUCCUCAAACAAGAGCAGGGGCUUACCACCGCGCUGGCCAAGGACCAGGACGACAAGUCUGCGUCUUUGUUUGUCUUGCAGUUUUUGGUUGGAUAUGGGAAAACUAUUGAGUCUACUAAUGCUGACCCUACCAAGCUUAAUGAUUUCUUGAAUAUGUAUCUUCAACAGAGGAAGACUGAAGGUGAUCGGGCGAGGGAUACGGAUGUAAAGAUUUCCGAAGGUGAAAAAGCUCUAGCGAAAGUUAAGCGGAAGAGAGAAAGGUUGGAAUCUGCUCAUACCAAGGCUAAAGAGAACGCAAUGAAAGAGGUCCGCCAGCUUCGUGAGAAGCGAGUAAAGGAACAGCAGCAACGGCGGUCUCAACAACAACGGGAUAGGCUUGAGAAACAGCAUUUCUGGAGGGACCGGAUGGGCCAGGUUAAGGUGUAUCUUGACAGCAAUGUCUCUGCGACUCUAGGGUCUAGCCGCCGGAGCUCGGUGACUGAAAAUGUCACGCAUGGUGACCAGCCGGUUCAGAUCACGAUAAACUUGAGUUACAUCAUCCCUGGCCCAAGCUGGGUUCCUCGUUACAACCUGAAGAUUAAUACACCUGCAUCCACGGCGUCCUUGACCUGCAACGCGGACUUCCAGAAUAAUUGUUCGGAAACCUGGAACGACGCUAAAAUCACGCUGUCCACAUCGCAUGCUGCGUUCUCCGGCCUUGAUGAGCCUAUUCCAAUUCUGCAGCCCUGGCACAUCACGAUGUCCUCCGUACCAGACGCCAAGUCGCCGCCGUGGAACGAUGUUUUAAGGAGCCCAGCCGAGAUACCUCGCGCAGCCACAAGACAUCAAAACUGGACAGGCCAAACCAUGCAACAAAUGCAACAAGCUCAGGUGCAGCAGGCCCAAAUGCAGCAGAUGCAGAUGCAGCAGCAGGCUCAUACCCGACAAGCUAUGGUACCACAAGCUCCGAUUCAGCUCGGUUUAGGGGGGCGACGCCACCCUGGCCGACCACCAUCAUCCAGUUCUUGGGCCGUAUCGGCUCGGAGAGCACUAGGGUGGAGCAACGAAUCUGACAGUGAGAGCGAAGAUGAGCAUGUCAGAGGGGGUAGUUCAUCGCCUACUCUAGAGAGACAAGAUUCCAUGAGACAAAACUACGGUCUAACCACGACGUAUGAGCUUUCCGGCCUUCGCACGCUCGCCCCAUCGACUAGUCCACGGCGCCAUCUACUCGCCCAGGCAACUCUGCAAUCCUUAACCCUCACACACGUUAUCGUUCCUAAGAUACGUGCUGCUGCUUUUCUUCGUGCUCGUGUGAAGAAUACCUCGUCCGUGAACAUCAUACGCGGGAAGACAGGCAUAUCUGUUGAUGGCACGUUCUUGGGCACCUCUACCCUUCCCAGUUGUGCACCGAACGACUUCUUCAGUAUUUCCUUAGGUGUCGAUCCCAAUGUACUAGUGACGUAUGCGAAGCCGACGGUUCGCAAGUUAACGAGUGGAUUCUUCCACAAAGAAAACGCUGCAGUGUUUCGUCGGAGCUGCUGGGUAAAGAAUACGAAGAGUACAGCGAUAGAUAUAAUCGUCUCCGACCAGGUUCCACUCAAGGAUAACGAGCAGAUGCGCAUUCAGGUGCUUGAACCAAAGGGCUUGGAGAAGGAAGGUGAUGAGAUAGAUAUGGCGAUGGAAAAGGAUCGGGGUAAGGGAAAGGCAGUAAUGAUGAGGAAUGGAGAGGUGAAAUGGUUUAUCAGGUUGGACCCUGGAAAAGAUGUUCGGAUGGUGUUGGAGUAUCAGACGAGGGUGCCAGAUGGGAAUACAGUCAAUCUCGUUAACUAACUUUCAUUUCCUCUUGAUUAGCUUAUGCUGGGCGAGAUUAUGUUGUUUCCUUGGAUGUGCUUAAUGUCCGCACGCUUUGCAUAUGUGAAUGU